AUUGUUACAAUAUAAUGUAAUGGUUGUCUCUCAACACGUAGCUGUGCAACAAAAGGAAAAAUUGAAUUAUCAUCUUAGCAACAGUCAACCAGGGGAAGGACAAUGAUAGCCAUUAGGAGACACUUAUUCCUUUGAGAUCUGAGAGACAUAGGACAGAGAAAGAGAGAGGAGAAGAAAACCUGCUGCAGAGAUGGAGAGGACGCCUGUCAUGAGGUGUGGGAACAGAGUUCAUGUUAAUCAUUGACAAAUCCCUCCUUACGUUCAUAGCGUUCCGAAGACCAUACCAGAGAGACAGAGGAAGCGACACAGAGUGUUUGUGUGUGAGAGAGAGAGAGAAUGUGUGUGUGUCUUUGCAACAGAGAGAAGGCAGAUAGAGAAGCAAAGCAGUCAGAGGAAUAUUGAAAUUGCCUUCGGCAUAGCCCUCACUCAGGUGCUUUCAGCAGGGUUGUCCUAUUCCAUGUAGUCUGUCUUCACACUUGCAGAUGUGACAAUUUGGUUGUGAGCUUUUUUGCCAAAGAUUUCUGAGCAUGGCUACUGCCCGGGUUUCAGUCUCUGUCCCCGAAGUCUCUCUUCUUCUAUUUGCUUACCUCUCAGUGAGUUUUUGGGACCGAGCUGGGUGUUCUUCUAGGGAUGGACUGAAACAGUGGCAGAGGUCUCCGGCUAUUUCCAGCCAGCAAAACAAGAGCCUCUACCUACAUGGAACCUUCCCCUCUAACUUCCUCUGGGGAGUGGGGACCUCUGCCUAUCAGACUGAGGGCUCCUGGGACCAGGGUGGGAAGGGACCCUCCAUCUGGGACCACUUUACCCACACAGGGACAGCAGAUACCACAAGUGACAGUUAUGCCCGAUGGGAAGAGGACAUGAAGGCGGUCAAAUACCUGGGAACUCAAACGUAUGCCUUCUCUCUCUCCUGGCCACGUCUCUUUCCCAAUGGUAUCGGGGACCCCAACGCAGAGGCGGUGACCCACUACCAGGACAUGAUAAGAAGGCUUCAAGCCGAGGGCAUCAAGCCAGUGGUGACCCUUUACCACUGGGACCUGCCGCUGGUCCUGCAGGAGCUCUAUGGGGGCUGGAAGAACGACAGCGUUGUGGAGGCUUUUGUGGAUUAUGCUACAUUCUGCUUCCAGAUGUUUGGAGGCUCUGUGAAGUACUGGCUCACCAUGCAUAACCCUUAUCUGAUAGCAGUGCAAGGCUACGACACUGGGGUUCAUGCACCAGGGGAAAGCCACGACCCCACUGCCUCCUUUGUCGUUGGUCACAACCUCAUUAGGGCUCAUGCUAAAGUUUGGCAUGUGUACAACACCCAUUUCCGUCCUCACCAAAAUGGCCAGGUUUCUCUAACACUUGGAUCCCACUGGGUAGAGCCGUUCAAUGGCCAGUCCACACCUGCCAACGUUGAACUCUGCCAAAAAUCCAUGGAGGCUGUAAUCGGGUGGUUUGCGGAUCCUAUUCACGGCACUGGGGACUACCCAACGUCCUUGAAAGACUCAAACCAAGGGCUCAUCCCAGAGUUUUCCCCAGAGGAGAGAGCCUUUGUCAGAGGUACAGCAGAUUUCCUCUCCCUGGCUUUUGGACCAGACACUCUCCGCAUGGGACAGCACCUGCCUCUGUAUGGUCAGUUGUUGUUGAUGGAUUUGAGGAAAGUUCUGGGCUGGAUUCAGCUGGAGUAUGACAACCCAGCGGUGCUGGUGGCUGAAAGUGGCUGGUUUACUGAUGCAACGGUGAGAGAAGAAGACACUCUGGCCAUAUAUGUCAUGAAGAGAUUGUUAGGCCAGGUGCUUGAAGCUGUGGUGUAUGAUAGUGCACGGGUCUUUGGAUAUACUGCAUGGUCUCUGGUAGAUGGAUUUGAGUGGAAUUUUGGGUACAGUGUGAGGAGAGGUUUGUUUUAUGUGGACUUCAAUGACACUGACCGGAACAGAAUCCCCAAAACCUCUGCAAAGUUCUACAGGCAGGUUGUUAUGAACAGUGGCUUCAAUGAGAUCUCUGAGAGUAUUAAUGGACAAUUCCCCUGUGAUUUCCAGUGGGGAGUGGCAGACCCUGUCCUACAUGUUCGUCUCCACCCAUACUCCGCUCAGUUCACUGACCCCAAUCUCUAUCGCUGGAACGUCUCAGAUCCUAACAAUCUACACAGAGUUUCUGGGGUAACCCUCCGCACACGUGGCGCUCAGUGCACUGACUUCCUGUCCAUUCGACGCCACCUACAUCUCCUUGAGGCAACACGGGCCACACAUUAUCGCUUUGCUGUGGAUUGGUCCCACCUUAUCCCUGAUGGAGAUCCUGUACACGUGGACCAAGAGGCGCUUAGAUACUACCGCUGUUUUCUCAUAGAGCUUCACAAACUAGGCGUCAAAGCAGUAGUCACACUCUACCACUCCAGCCAUAGGUCACCAUCACUGGGCCUGCCUAAGCCACUGCAGGCUGCUGGAGGCUGGCUCAAUUAUAGUACGGUAGAAGCUUUUGAGGCCUACGCAACUUUUUGCUUUCAAGAGCUUAGCCCUUGGGUCCACACGUGGAUCACCAUCAAUGAGCCCAAUCGGCUAGCUGAACUGUACAAUGGAAGCACAGAAAAGCACUUAAGGGCAGCUCACCAUCUUCUCCUGGCACAUGCCCAGGUGUGGCAUGUUUACAAUGACCAGUAUCGCCCCCAACACGGUGCACAGGUCACCUUUACUCUGCAUGCUGAUUGGGUGGAGCCAGCAAACCCGUUUCUAGAGAGCCACAAGGCUGCCACUGAGCGCCUCCUGUUAUUUGAGCUUGGACGGUUCCUAGAUCCCUUCUUGGCCAAUGGAGGAGGGGAGUACCCUGAACAAGUGCGGGGGUACCUGGAGGAAAAAGUCCACACCUCCCGUGAGGCUGGAUCCUCUCCUUUGCCACACUUUACAGAACAGGAGAGGAAGAAGAUCUGUGGAGCCUUAGACUUUAUUGCUCUCAAUCACUUCACCACACGCCUGGUCUCUCCUAUAAACUCUCUAAUCCCAAAUGCCCAGCCUGGAUCGAAUCAACACCAUCGCCCCAUUCAUGGCUGCUCCUUCCUCCAUGACCCCAAUUGGCACGUCUCUUACCUGGGACAGGCUGUGGUGCCGUGGGGCCUUCGAAAGGUCCUGAAUUGGGUGAGUUGUCGCUAUGGAAAUGCACGGCCCAUUGUUGUCAUGGCUUCAGGGGUGGAUGACCAGGCCUCCCAUGAUGACAACUUGAGACAAACCUACAUUAGGGAGUACCUGCAAGAGGCACUUAAAGCUCGUGAGCUGGAUGGUGUUGACCUCAGAGGAUUUUAUGUCUGGAAUCUUCAAGAUCGUCACACGUUUCACUUUGGCCUGUUUGCUCCCAUACACUACCAGUCACAUCCUAAGGGCUCCGUCAAGGCAUACCGGGAGAUCGUCUCCCGUGGUGGGUUCCCAUCUGGGGACAGAGACACACUAAAGUCCUGUCAGUUGCCUGCAGCCCAGGCCAGCUGCACAUUCUGCACAAAGAUUGCAGAGAACAAACCACUGUUGUUCUUUGGCAUUUGCAUUUUUAUCAGCACCACUGUUCUCGCUGGAGUUUUAGUUGGCCUCCUCAGGAGAAAAGUGAGCAUGGGGAGAGGACGUGUGGUGCGUCCCACAAGCCCUCCACGAAUCACAAGGCAGCACUGGGAGAGAUUUGCCAUGCAGCGGGUGGUGCAGAGAAUGUGAGAGACAGACUGUAUUUGCACAGCCGUCUUGCAUAGCCCUUUGCAUGCUGAUGAAUGGAUUUGAUAUAGUCUACGGUCCGUUCAUUUUGGUGACAGGCAUUUGUGCCCACGCAUUGCUGUCUGAUGUAAAUUACCUGUGUUCUAACUAUAUGCAUGGCACUUUCUCUUACAUGUUAUUAGAUAAACUGAGAUUGCAUAGUGUUUUUAUGAAAUUGAUACCUCAUAGUUAGCUAUUUUGUGUGAGAAAGUAGGAAAGUGUGGUCUUUAGACUGUGGUGUUUAUUAUACUAGCAGUCAUCUGUCAAAUGAGAGGGCUGAUUUGCCUUGUAUGAAAUUUCAGUGGCAAUUGGCUGUUUGGGGGGAAAAAAGCAAGUAAGAAAACACAGUGUUGUAUAGUUGCACAUACUUUGUUUCCAACACUGCACUUACUUGUUUUAGCAUCAAUGGUGUGUCAUUGGUUUUCCAGUCUGGGUUAUGUUUUUUUAUUGAAAUUACAUAGAGCCACCAUUCAUCUCACCUGUUUACAAUAAUUACUGUUUACUUGUAAAUAUCUUUUAUGUGAUUUCUAACACUGUUGUACUUUAAGCUAUGAAACAUAUUCAUAACGCCAUUUCAUUGCUCCUUUUGAGUGAGACAUUGUGUUAUUCUUCAUAAACUAGUGUUAAAACUGUUGUUGUUCAUCUCUGAUGCAGUCAGGCCCCCUGCUGGAAAAUCUAAAAUACAACACAACAAUAAUAUCUGCCUGUGCCCUCUGUUUCUCAAUGCCCUCCUACACUCUCUGAAGAAAUACCAUGGUGUAUAGUUCGAUCUCCAAAGAACCAUUAAACAGAUUGUUAUAGGUA